CGGAGGACCGGCGGGCGGGGCGGGGGCGUCAAGAUGGCGGUACCGAGCCGAGGUGAGGCGUGUCGCGAUAGCAACACGGCGGCGGCACGACAGCCCUUUCCGGGGCACCGGGGCGGCUGUCUCGCACCGUGCCAGAGGUGACCUCUCGCGGGGGGACGCGACUAGUGCGAGGCGAGGCGGGGCCGAGGUGGAGCGCAGCCCCGUUGGCAUGUCGCGACAAUCGCGACACGCGGAGGAGAUGCCGGUGGCGCCGUGAGCAGGGCCUUGGCGCAUGUGCGGGCUGAGGAGCACCUUGGGCCCAGGAAAGACGCUUUCCUGAGGCCGGAGACGCCUCGCGAAAAUCCAGAUCUUUGCUUCAGUUUAGGAACUGAAGAUUCAGAGGAGAAAAAUGUCAUCCUUAGUGUGGUUAAAAUCACUGAUUUUCAACUCUCACAGAGGCCAAAGUUUUCUUCCAAAACGGUAAAUUUCUGCCCUGGCUAGGCAGACGAAGGUGGCUGAGAAAAUUUUUGUCGAAUUUUGUCGAAUUCGAACAGAAAAAAAUCCUAAUCCCAAACGUGUGCAGUGAGGUGCUCUGGCCGAUGCUAACCACAUUUGCUGCAUUUAAUAAAGUUUUAUGUUAAAAAUGAAACCAUUUUGGUAGAAAAUGGGGCAUGUUCCACCUCACAUCCCCAUUCUCAGUGUCACUCACUCUAAAAUCAGCACCAGCCUGGAUAGAUAACCAAGAUUUUGUUGGGUAAAGCACUGAAAUGAUAUAUUCAGGCGGUUUAAUACUCCCUCUUGGUGUGCUCUGGGGUUCCAGGGUUGUCCCUGUGAAAUGUCCCGCUCGCUCUGAGGGAGGCAGCACAUCCUCAGGAACCGUGGCUGCCUGGAGCAGCUGCAGGAGGCUCACUGCCCUCUCCUAGGAGAGCAUUAAGGAAAGAAGAGUCCAGAUAUAAAGCUGGGGAACUGCCCUGAGGGAAUUCACUCAGACAUCCCUGUGGGAAUUCCGUGGCUCUGACUAUCAUACAAUUCAGCAUCAGUGGUGUAGCUGCAGUUUUGGAUAUUGAAUGAACAUGGAAUCAUGGAAUCCUGGAAUGGUUUGGGUUGGAAGAGACCUUGAAGCUCAUCCACCCCCUGCCCUGGGCAGGGACACCUUCCACUAUCCCAGGCUGCUCCAAGCCCCAUCCAGCCUACUCUGCCAGGGAUGGGGCAGCCACAGCUUCCCUGGGCACCCUGCGCCAGGGCCUCAGCACCCUCACAGGGAAGAAUUUCUUCCCAAUAUCAAAGCAAUUCCCCCUUGUGCUGUCACUCCUAAGUGACAGGAGGAGUGCUGGGAGCCCCCAGUCCCUGUACAGAGAGCUGAGAGGAGAGGAUCAGGUCCAGGAGACAUUUCAGAUCAGGGACACAUGAAUCACCUAAAAUCAUGCGCCUGUUCCCAAACUGGACACCUUAAUUAGCUGCCUGGAGUUAGGGGGAAUUAAUUUGGGCCUAAAUGCAUAAACUCUGAGGUGAAGAGGACGUUGAGCUCAGGAAUCCAGGGAUAAGAUGGCGCUGUGACAAUGACAAGCUGUCCCUGAGGAGACAGAGGAAAUGGCCUUUCACUCUCCCUGGAACAGAAAUCCCAACUGUACAAUUCCUCAUGUGUCCCAGAGAGGCCAAGAAUAUUAAUGAGGAACUCAACAGGUGCUUUAGUAGGUUGGUGCCCUCAUGUUGCAGGAGAAUUUUAUGUGAUUUUUGCAGAAAAUAAGGGAAAAAAAGGAAAUGUGUUGGUUGGAUCAUUGGAAAUACUUGGCUUGAUUUCUGUGGGCUGUCAGAACACACUGAGGUUGGAUGUGGAAUGACUUUGUGAAGGGAACUGGUUUGGAGGGAUGGCAUUUGGAGGGAUGGUAUUUAGAGAAACCCUGGAGCCCUCUGUUCUCCACAAACUUUCUCACAAUUUACAAGCAAAUGGAUCCCAUAUUCACCUCCUUCCUGCAUAGUUAGAGGGGAUGAAGUGUCAUCUGCUAGGAAAGGACAGGAUGAACAAGUUCUGGAUAAUGCCUGUGCACUCCUUCAGGCUUUGAAAGAGCCUGAAGUUCCUCAUUGAAAGUGGCUUUUCCCAGUAGGGAUUUUCCCCAAAUUAUUUGAUGCUUCAUCUAGUUGAAAAGGUUAUUUUUGGAACCUGAAGUCCACUAUCUGGAAAACAAUAAAUGUUCCUGGGAGAUGAAAAAAGAAAUUUCUCCCAGAAUUUCGAUAUCAUUGUUAGAAUGUUUCUGGAUUUAUACAUAUUUUCUUCUCUUUAUUUUCUCCUUCUCCAUGGAAAGGAAGAACAUCAGAGAUUGUAUCCUUUCUGUACCACUGCUCCUUCCAUGCAAGACUCCUGGAGAAGACUGCCUCAAGUGGAUUCCUAUCUUCUGUCCAGUAACUCUGCACAGUGCUGGGUCUGUGCUCCUGAAUUUUCUGUCAGUGUCAUCCGCAGGAAGCACAACUGGGACCACGUUGCUUGCAGUGGAAGAUGUUUGGUGCAGAUCCUGCUCUAUGUAAAUGGGGUUUAUUACAUCUUCUACUUCUUGGCAACUCUUGCAAUGAUUAUUUACAAAAGUCAAGUUUUCAGUUAUCCAGAUGAUUUUUUGGCUCCUGAUCUUGCUGUGCUUUUCCUUAUGGCCAUUCUGGAAGUGCCUCGAUUGUACUUGGGUUUCAAGGGUAACCUGACAGAAGCAGAGGCGCCGCUGGGGGUGAGCCUGGGGCUCACGGUGGGCAGCGUGCUGCUGUGUGUGUACCUGCUGCUGUGGCAGACCUACGUGCUGUGGGCGGAUGUGCUCCUCAACGCCGCGCUGCUCUCGGCCUACGCGCUCGAGUCGGGGCUCAAGGUCACGGCCAUCGCUGCCUUUGUCAGCUGAGCCCGGCCCUUCCCACACGCCUGCCACGCAUUCCUUCUCUGAGAGUGGGGCUUCAUUUCCACUGCUGAAUCCCUGUGUAUAGAAAAACCCUGUAAAGCUUCUCUCUGUUUAAAUGAGAAGUUCUGGGGACAUAGAUGUCCCGCCCAGGAGCUGUGUGAUGCUGUCCACCAUUGCGUUAUUUAUGGGCAAAGGCAAGGGAUGAAUCACAAAACACUUAACACUCUGGCAUUCACCAGGGGUCAGUACUGAAUAUCCAUUCCCAACACAGGAUAGGAGGCAGUGCUGCUGGCAUGGUGGCAGUUUUCAUGGCACAGGAGCGACAUGCAGCCCAAGUGACACAGAAAUGAAUGAGGCCAGGGCUCACUUGUGCCUUGCCACGCACACGUCCGUGUUUGAGGGCACAGCUGCUCUGCUGCUCUCAUUUGUGUUUCCAGACCUCAGUGGUAAUUUCCCUGACUUUAGUAGGGCAGAACCUGAUGUAUCCCAGUGGGGGAGAGGAACUGGGUUUUGUGCAUACCUGGAGAGCCAAGCCGCAAGGUUUGGCAGCCAGUUCUUACUACGUGAGGGGAAGUUUGGUUAGACAGGAUGGCUUUAAAAUGAACAAAACCAUUCACCAUUUGUCCUCCCUUCUGUUCUGUUUAAAAGUCCAACAGAAUGUUGGCAGUUUUAUUUCUAUUCAGUGUUAAAUGUUCUUAUUUCUACUAUUUUGCAAAAAUUACUAUAUUCAAGUCUGUCUUAACUUCUAAGUGGUGCAAGUGCAGAAUUUUUUACUGUCUCAAAAAUAUAUGUUAAUGGAAAGCUUUGGGAGUUCCUGGUUUUUUGAAGAAGCCUAUUUUCUAUUCAGAAUUUCCUAUUUUUGUAUUUAUUUAUUCAUUCAAAUAAAUAAAGGUUUAGAUC